UGCACUAGUACUUAUGACUCCAUAGCUCUACACUUUCUACCACCAGGUAACCAUCAGGAUGCGGUUCUUCAAAUCGUUUCGAUUGCUGCACCGUCGUACAAGGUCUGAGGGCGAUGUGUCCCACAUGAUUUCCUCUCCACCAUCGUCGACUGGGUCACCUUGUUCGAUGGAGUCUCGACAGAUCCAACAAUAUGUCAGGCCUACAUCGUCUAGCCUAGUCAGCGGAUCAGCGGCCCCGGUAUUUGUAUCCCUUGAGGCCUCCCUCCCUUCAUUCGACCCCGCUCAACUUUAUCAACCCCGGCCAACACCUCUGGACAUGUCUACUGGUAACUGCAUUCACCAGCCCGAAAGCGAUGUUUUCCGCCUGCGUCAGACCAACACCGAACUCGCAGCCGACCUUGCCGAUGUCACUAACGAUCUUUCGCGGACCCGCAACGAACUCUAUACUGAGAUGACCAAACUUGCCCGCUUCCAGCACCAGCUUGCGCGUGGUAUGGACCACAUCCAGAAGCUUGAAUCAAGAUUUCAGCGUCUUGCGGGCCUUCUCGUCGACAUUGGCAUUCCAUACUUUACCGUUCAGCGAAUCUCUGAUGCACUGGAUUCUGAUCUCGGCACCGCAGAUCAUAUCUUGGUCAAUGCUAUAGGUGACGCUGUCCACGACUCAGAAGCACUGCUCUCAAGUUUGAAGCCGGCGGUCAUCGGCAACGCUGUCCUAGAACAGUAUCAAUCCGCGCUGCACAUGACUCUCAGCGCGCGGCGCAAAGUCUGUGCACAAAAGAAAGUCUCCAAAUUCUGGAAACGCCUCGCUCAGGAAGAUGACCGCCACACAGACACCGUCACUCCGUCCUCGUCCAAUAUAUCCUCUGUCCGCGAGCCUCUAACACCCGCCCGUCAACACGCUGUCGACUCCCUCAUUGCUCGUAGGCGAGAUGCAAAUGCAGGCUUUGCUAGAUAUGCAUUUAGUGGGGCUUCUGUGCAAGGUGGUUUGGUUCUACCCGUUUCUACCUCUGACAUUGGAUCUGCGGCGAGUUCUGCAUCUGGAUCGACUAUACAGUUGCAACAUACUUCGCCUUCGAGAGCACGAUUUUCGAUAUCUGAACUACGUCGACGUUCGCCCCCCAUGGUUUUGGGUGACAUUGAUCUCAACGUUUCCCAAUCAUCGGAUGGACCUCCAGAAGCGGCUGAACCUGAUGAUUCAGAACACGAUGGAUCUGACGACCAGAAUGCACGCCCAACAGUAACUCUUAGCCAGGACCUUAUUCAGAAUUUGAAUCUUGUUGCCCUUGGGCGUGGACACCGUCGUAACUCCUCGGCCGUAUCAAGGUCAAGCAUUCCGUCCCGCCUCUCCGAUUCCACACCCGCCGUCUCCUCUCUUAGCGCCUCGUCGGGCCUACCCACGUCCUCUUGCGGCUUUAGUUCCGACGUGCCGUUUGACAAUUCCGCAUUCCAUAGUCUGCUUUAUGGUAUUGGCAGCACUCCGACGAACUCAGACAGGCGCAAAUGUUCCAAUACACUUAUAAGCACCAGGAGGAACUCGCGCUUCCUCGAGCAUAUCAACGAGUACUCGACCGGAUCCCUUGCUAUCCUUGAAUCUGCAGAUUCCCUAGGAUUGAUGAACUCUACUGGCUCACUUGCUGUGCUCAACACUACGGCUUCCACCAUUGUAACGUCCCCUGGACUCUUUGGCACCAGCAGGGAAAGCAAGGAUUCGUUGUUCAUGUCUACUCAGACGCCCACAACAGGGCCUACCACGCCGAGCAAGACACCGCCUACAGAAAGCAGGACACCCUCAUCUAGUGGGAGCAAGCUGCCCGUAUUGAGACACUUGCAUAGUCCUGAUGCUAGUCCUGAUGCCUUCAAAGUUUCCAUACGCAACCCUGGGGGGAUCAUAAGGCGGUUGUCGCCAAGCCCUGAGAGCUUCGUACGAAAGCUUCGGAACUUUGGUUCUCGUGACGGGAGCGAGAAUGUGAGUCCUGAGAAGCCGUCUGGGAUUCCUAUCAUGCAGCGUAAGAUGACGAUCAGGGGGCGGGUGAGGAUGUAGUAUCAUGGGUGGAUUUCGGAUUUCGAUCGAUUGCUACUAUCUUUUCUCUCCUUAAUUGUUGUAAAUACUUGGAGGUCAUGCCAUCUUCUCUUUUUUC